GGAGCGCUGAGGGUGUCCCUGCAGGCGGUGAUGGGGGUGCAGGUGGUGGUGACCCUGCUGGCCGCCAGCCUCAUGCAGAAGCUGUCCCCGCACUGCUCCUUCGCCCGCUGGCUGCUCUGCAAUGGCAGCCUCCACCGCUACCGGCACCCAUCGGACGAGGAGCUCUGUGCCCUGGCCGGCAAGCAGCGCCCCAAGAGCAAGCGGGACAGGAGGGUGAACGGUGUGACGGAUGACAAGCCCCUAACCGUGCCCCGGGACAUCGACCUCCACCUGGACACCAGCCCCAUCACCGCCGUGGAUGCCCUUGUGCUCCGUUAUUUCCUGGAUUACCAGUGGUUCGUGGAUUUUGCCGUCUACGCCACCGCCGUGUACAUCUUCACCGAGGGCUACUACUGCCUGGUGGACCCCCAGAAGGAGAUGAACAUCGGCGUGCUCUGGUGCCUGCUCACGGUCGCUUUCUCCAUCAAGGUCUUCUUCACAGUGAUGCGCCAUUACUUCCGCUCAGAGGAGGGUGGGGAGCGCUCAGUCUGCCUCACCUUUGCCUUCUUCUUCCUCCUCCUCGCCAUGGUGGCCCUGAUCAUCCGUGAGGACUACCUGGAGUUUGGCCUCGAGCCCGGGCUGGCCGGCGUCAGCACCAACCUGGAGAGCGUCCUGAAGCAGCGAGGCUGGGAGUGGACGCUGCCCCUCGCCAAGCUGGCCUUCAAGCUGGGGCUGGUGGCCCUCUGCUCCUUCCUGGGUGCCUGCUUGACCUUCCCGGGCUUGCGCCUGGCCCAGAUGCACCUCGACGCUCUCCGGAUGGCGGCUGACAAACCCCUGACCCAGGUCCUGCUCCAUGCGAGUUUCCUGGCACCUAUCCUGGUGGUGAUGAUGUGGAUCAAGCCCAUCUCGCGGGACUUCCUGCUGCACGCGCCGAUGGGCAAGCAGAGGGUGCAGAUCAUGUCCGACUCUGCCUACAACACCGCGCGGCUCUGGACCAUCGUUGGCCUCUGCCUCUUGCGCUUGGCCGUCACCCGCCACCACCUCCAGGCGUACCUGGGUCUGGCCGAGCGCUGGGUGGAGCAGAUGAAGAAGGAAGCCGGGCGCAUCCCCGUCCUGGAGAUCCAGCGCAAGGUCACCAGGAUCUACUGCUACGUCUCGGUGGUCAGCCUGCAGUACCUGGGACCCAUCAUCCUCACCCUGCACUGCACGCUGCUCCUCAAGACGCUGGGGCACCACUCGUGGGGGCUGUACCCGGAGCCCCCUCCCCUCCCUCUGGCAGCCACGGCAUCGCCACCGCCCAGCGGGGAGGAUGGGGAGGACGUGCGCGCGGCGGUGGAGCAGAUCACCGGCAUCUUGGGCAGCAUCUUCACUCCUCUCUUCUUCCGUGGACUUUUUGCCUUCCUCACCUGGUGGGUGGCCGUCUGCCAGCUUGUCACCAGCCUGUUCGGCUUCUACUUCCACCAGUACCUGUCAGCCUGACCCGGGGGAGCUGGGACCUGUCUCGGGAUGCAGUCGGUGCCCGGCUGCUGCUCCCCUGGCUCCUGCCUUGGCUGGUUUCCCCUUUGUAUGUGCUGGUGGCACGUGUGGACACACAUAUGGGGACAUUUCAGCCACCAGCUCUCUGCAGGAUGGGGUUUACGCAUCCAGGCUGGCAUGGGCAUCGCCUGCUCCUGCCACCCGUCACCGCUGUGCCUGCUCUCACCCCGCUGCCUCUCUGGGCUCUGAACCCUCUUCCAGUCCCACCUGGCGAUGGAAGAGCUGCAGCCGGGUUUGCCGCUGCGUGCUCUGCCCCAUCCUGGCUGUCCCAGGCUGCUCCCCUGGGGUACGACGUGCUGGGCACCGUGAGGAUGCUGCAGGGAUCGCCUUUCCAUGGAGGAGACCCCACAGCCAGGCUGGGGCGGCAGCUUGCCGUGCCAGCGCAGACCCGGGGCUCGGCUCUGCGUUUGCCUCCACCGGCUGAGGGAGGGGGUGUUUGGAGGGUCGGAGCUCCCUGGAGUCAUCCCGUUGCUUGGUGUGAAACCCUCAGGCCCAGCGGCCUCGGCUGUUGGGCUGUUAUAGAAAUAAAUAAGUAACCCAGAGUGUC